AUGAACCUCCUCCAACUCGAAAAUGUCCAUAAAAAGUUUGGCGAUUUCACAGCCGUGUCGGAUAUCUCCUUCAGUAUUGAGAAGGGAAGUAUAUACGGACUUCUGGGUCCCAACGGUGCAGGAAAAACAACCACGCUCCGCAUGAUAAUGGAUAUGAUCGCACCGGAUGCAGGCAGUAUUACCUUCAGCGGCAAUCGGCAUAUUCGAGAUUUUUUAGAUCAGAUUGGAUAUCUGCCGGAGGAACGUGGCUUAUACCGCAAAAUGAAGGUGCGGGAUGUCAUCCUUUUUAUUGCCGAAUUAAAAGGCUUAUACAAACAACAAGCACUCGGUGAGAUUGAGCGAUGGUUGGAGAAAAUGCAGCUGUCGGAAUGGGCGAACAAGCGGGUUGAUGAGCUUUCUAAGGGGAUGGCUCAGAAAAUUCAGUUCAUCACCACCGUGAUUCACAAACCGGAGUUGAUUAUCCUUGAUGAACCCUUUUCCGGUCUGGACCCCAUUAACAUGACGCUCCUCAAAGAUAUGAUGCUUGAACUGCGUGAUAGCGGCAGUACAAUUAUCUUCUCAACCCAUGUGAUGGAACAGGUGGAAAAACUAUGUGAUCGUAUCUGUCUUAUACAUCACGGUGAGGUAUUGCUUGAAGGUGAACUCCGCGCUGUGAAGCGUGCUUUCGGCAAGAAUUCUGUUGAGAUUGAAUACGUAGGGAGUCUCGAAUCGAUUCGCAACUCCGCUUGGAUUCAGGGAUUCAACGAUUUUGGGCAGUAUGCUGAGGUAAAAUUGAGGACCCCGGAAGACUAUCGUUCAUUGCUCCGUGAACUGGUUGAGAAAGGCGUUGAUGUGACACGCUUUGAAUUAGUUGAACCGACGUUACACGAGAUUUUCGUCCAGAGCGUUGAAGCACAUGGAGGGUCGUGCAAGAUGCCGAAUAAGAUUGUUACCGUCAUUAAACGUGAAUACACAACGCGCGUCAGGACGAAAGGCUUUGUGGCUUCGGUGUUCCUGAUGCCAAUGCUGAUGUGCACUGUAAUACUCCUGCCGAGUUUUAUGGCUAUGAUAGAGCAGAAAACAGUGAGUGUGAGAAGGAUCGUAGUGAUUGAUGAAACAAGCGACAUUUUCCCAGAAUUGAAAGCUAGAAUUGUGCAACAUCCCAUUUUUGAAUAUAAAGGGAAGUUACGCUAUCAACUAAUUCAUCAGAUAUCAGAUGCCACGGGCGAUGUAAAAUCCGAGCUUAAUCAACAAGUUUCUACUAGAGAGAUUUACGCCUAUCUUGACAUUCCAAAAAAUGUUUUUGAAGAUGGAAGAGUUUACUACCACGCCAAGACUACCACUAAUUUUGAGUUACAAAACGUCUUGAGCGGUAUUCUCACAGAUGUUGUUAGAAACAAGCGAUUUGAUGAAAGCAAUUAUUCGCCUCCGGAAAUAAAACGAUUGAUGCGUCCUGUCACACUCGACACAUUCGCUGUUAUUGGUGAUAGUGACACCGGAGAAAUUCAGGUUGAGCGAAAAACAGAAGCGCAAUUCCAGCGUGGCAUAGCAUUUCUCCUUAUUUUCCUACUGUAUUUGUUUAUCCUCAUGUAUGCGAACUCUGUCAUGCAAAACGUUCUUGAAGAAAAAACAACAGGUAUUGUUGAAGUAAUCGUCUCGUCAAUUAAACCGUAUCACCUCUUGUUUGGUAAACUUAUUGGUGUGUGUGCCGCCUGUUUGACAAUUUUUGCGAUUUGGGUGAUAUUCGGUGCGAUGCUGAUAAACAAUUUCAAUUUAUUGCUUGAUGCCUUUGGUAUAGAUGCCCAACAGUCUUUAUUGAUCGCUAUUGCUCUCAUUAAAGCCAGUAGUACGAAUGUGCUUAUCUACUUUUUGAUAUAUUUCAUUUGCGGCUUCGUCCUUUAUUCAGCGCUUUAUGCGGCAGUCGGUGCGAUUUGCAGCAGCAACGAAGAUGCACAGCAAUUCGGUGUCCUGCUCGCCAUUGUGCCUUCUGUUCCGGUGGUGCUAAUGGUCCAAUUGUUCAAAAUGCCUGAUGCACCAUUUGCUAUAGUUCUCUCUCAUAUUCCGUUUUUCUCGCCGAUACUGAUGUUCAUGCGAAUCAACGUGCUAAUGCCACCUCUAUGGGAAAUUCUACUGAACAUUUUGUUGAUGUGUGCGACUGUGCUGCUCGUCACACUUAUCAGCGGAAAAAUCUAUCGGGUUGGGAUUCUGAUGUACGGCAAACGUCCCACCUUGGGACAAUUGUGGCAGUGGAUGCGGUAUUAA